AUGUGGUGCAUUGAGUCCCUUCAGAUACGUCCUAAAUCCCUUUAUGAAUCCAAUCAUCGUAAAGAAGAACAGAUUGCUGAAUGCGUAUGGGAUUGCGAACUUAGAUGGCUUGAUUGGCAAAUAGAUCGUGUUCAUGAGAGCAUAGAAAAAAGUAAGUACACCAAGUAUCAAACAAACGAAGAAUGCGAGGAAUCUUUGGCUGUGUGUGAGACCCAAGUGUUCCACGUCAACCUUCUUCUUGAAGAUGCUGCUUCCUUCUAUUGGUAUCGAAAACUUGCCGCUUUUCUGUUUCUGUAA